CGUCCUGCUUUGUUGGUUAUGUUUGAUUAUCGUGGCCUGUGGCCGAGGGCUAAUAAAUAAUACUUUUUUUUUGAAAGUUGGACACGUCGUAAGCAAUUGGUUUUGUCCAAAAACAUACAUUUAUCGACUGUACUUAUAACUUACUGUCCGCGAUGGUGCUCGAUUUAGAUUUGUUCCGAACGGAAAAGGGCGGAAACCCUGAAAAAAUCCGCGAAAACCAAAAAAAGCGAUUCAAGGAUCCAACUUUGGUGGACAAAGUCGUGGAAGCUGACAGUAAGUGGCGGCAGUUAAGGUUUAAAGCGGAUAAUUUUAAUAAAUUAAAAAACCUGUGUAGUAAAACUAUCGGCGAGAAAAUUAAAUCGAAAGAACCGCAGGCUGACAAGAGUACCGAAAUUGCGACCGAUUUCGAUUUAGACACGGUAAAUGUAGAUUUAUUAAAACCACUUUCCGUUGAACAAAUUAAGAAAAUCAGGCUUCUCAUUGACAGCGCCCUCACUCAAAAUGACAAGGAUUUGCUAGAAGUCGAGAAGACUAGAAACGAUUCUUUCAAGGAAAUAAGCAAUUUCGUACACGAGUCUGUUCCAAUUGAUAACGACGAGGACAACAAUGCCGUGGUCGCUCUUGUUGGGGAUUGUACGGUCAAAAAGAAGUAUUCUCACGUAGAUUUAAUACACAUGAUCGAUGGCGUAGAGAGUGAUGCUGGCGCCACUGUAUCGGGUGCCCGAGGUUAUUAUUUAAAAGGCCCGGCUGUAUUUUUACAAACGGCACUCGUACAAGAAGCUCUUCGUCGGUGGGACGAUAAAGGAUACAAACCAUUGUAUACACCAUUUUUCAUGCGAAAAGAAAUUAUGCAAGAAGUUGCACAACUUGCACAGUUUGAUGAAGAACUGUACAAAGUAAUUGGUAAGGGAAGUGAAAAAGUCGGGGAAGGUGAAACAGAUGAAAAAUAUCUAAUUGCCACAUCCGAACAACCCAUCGCAGCUCUCCAUCGCGACCAAUGGCUUCCAGAAGCGAGUCUUCCUAUCCGCUACGUUGGAGUAUCUACAUGUUUCCGACAAGAAGUGGGAUCUCACGGAAGAGAUACUCGAGGUAUAUUCAGAGUACAUCAGUUCGAAAAAGUUGAACAGUUUGUUUUGGCAUCGCCGUUUGAUGACCAGUCCUGGACGUUGUUCGAUGAAAUGAUUAACAACUCCAGACAAUUUUAUGAUGAUCUAGGAAUAUCUUACAGAGUUGUGAAUAUUGUAUCGGGUGCAUUAAACAACGCUGCAGCUAAAAAACUAGAUUUGGAAGCGUGGUUCCCUGGAUCCGGCGCUUUUCGAGAAUUAGUGUCGUGCAGCAAUUGCCUUGAUUAUCAAGCAAGAAGGCUAUUGGUACGAUAUGGACAAACUAAAAAAAUGAACGAAAAAGUAGAUUAUGUACACAUGUUGAACGCAACAGCAUGUGCUACAACAAGAGUGAUUUGUGCAAUUUUGGAAACUUACCAAACAGAAACUGGAAUUAAGGUUCCUGAAUUGUUGAAAAAAUACUUGCCUUCGAAAUAUCAAGACGAAAUACCUUUUGUUAAAGCCGCACCUAUUGAUGAGGAAGAGACGAAAAAGCAGAAAAAACAAAAAGAUGGAAUGAAAAAUAAAAAAUGAAUAUAUUUCCUUUUUAUUGUAAAUAUAUUUUUUUACUUAAAUAUUUCUAUUAUGGUUAAAAAAUUUGUAAUGUAUUUUUGGUUAUGAAAAGUAUAACAUACAUAAUUUAUUGAUCUUUCAUUGGAUAAGUAAAAUUACAUAUUUUGGUUAAA